UAUUACCCAGAGCCCGGAUUAGUGAGGCAGCGAGCGCUGCAGCGGCAGUCGUCGUCUCUGCUGCCGCCGCCGCCAUCCGACGGGAGCAGCCCGGACACUCCGGCCGGGAAGAUGGAACAUGGUACCCCAAAGCAUAUCAUCCAAAUGACAGGAUUUAAGAUGGAAGAAAAAGAAGCUCUAGGCAAAUUGCUUUUAAAACUAGAUUGCACUUUUAUUAAGAGUGAGAAAUACAAAAAUUGCACACAUCUUAUAGCCGAACGCCUGUGUAAGAGUGAAAAAUUUCUAGCGGCUUGUGCAGCAGGAAAGUGGGUACUAACUAAGGACUACAUAAUUCAUAGUGCCAAAAGUGGCAGAUGGCUUGAUGAAACAACUUAUGAAUGGGGAUAUAAAAUUGAAAAAGAUUCCCAUUAUUCACCUCAAAUGCAAUCUGCACCCAAAAGAUGGCGUGAAGAACUGAAACGCACUGGUGCUCCAGGAGCUUUCCAUAGAUGGAAAGUUGUCCUCCUUGUUAGAGCUGACAAAAGAAGUGAUUCUCUUGUAAGAGUUCUGGAGGCUGGAAAGGCAAAUGUUAUUUUACCAAAAAGUUCACCAAGUGGAAUAACUCAUGUGAUUGCCAGUAAUGCAAGAAUCAAGGCUGAAAAAGAAAAAGAUGACUUUAAGGCUCCAUUUUAUCCAAUUCAGUAUCUAGGGGACUUUCUGUUAGAGAAAGAAAUUCAGAAUGAUGAAGAUUGUCAAACAAAUUCUGUUUGGACUAAACAUAGCAGUAAAGAAAAAAACAAAGAUUUUUGGAAAGAUAAGCGUUUUCUUGAAAUGAAAGAUGCCUUAAGAGAGACCAUCUGUAAAACAAAGAAAGAAAUGCAAAAUCGUGAUGAAGAUGUUAAUGUUAGUUCUGUUUUGACUGAACAUCACAAAAAAGAAAAAUUCGAAGGCUCCAGUAAAGAUUUGAAAUUUGUUAAAAUGAGAAAUACGUUAGGAAGGCAUGUGUAUGGAAAUCAGAAGGAAACUAAGAAAAAGGAUGAAGGCAUUCAAAGGAGUUAUACUUUGAGGAAAAAACACAAAAAAGAAAAAGAAAGCAGUUGCAAGAAAGACAUUGCACAUGACAGAAUUAAACGUACCUUAAGAAAGCACAUAUAUUAUAGAGAUCAGAAAGAAAUAAAGAAUUCUGUUUUUGCUGCUUAUGCCAAAGAAUCAAAAACCAAGGAUGUGGGAACAGAUGUGGAUAUUAUUGCAAUUAAAAAUGCCUUAAGGAAGCACAUAUAUAGAGCUCAGGCUGUCAGAUACAACUACAUUAGAAUAGAUAAACAACCAGUAUACAAUGUUGAGGUGAAAAAUGCUGAAUUUCCCAGAGGUAUAUUAAAUUUAAUUGAAAGCCUCAUAGAAGGACAGUUUUUUAAAGAAGCAAUUGAGGAACUCUCUUCUUUGCAAGCACAUUAUGUCCCUCCUGUAUGCCUUCUUCAUGCUCUUCUAGAGAAUGUUCUACAGGAUAACAUAGAUACGUUUCCUGGCCGAUACUUUCAUAUAUUGUCAGCCCUUCUUCACCUGCAUCCUCCUUGGAAGUCCCCAACCAUGUCGCAAUAUUACUUAGAGUUGUUUCAGUGUCCAACUUGUAUGAAAGGAGCGUGGUCUUUAGUAGAAGUGCUUAUCAGGUCUUGCCUUUUCAAUGAAAGUUUUUGUCAUAAAAUUUCAGAAAAUAUUAUUGGCUCUAAGGCACUCCACCUGACACUGCUCAGAUUUUUUUUUAAUUUAAUUGAAAGUGAAGUACAGCACCUGAGUCACAAGUUGUAUGACUGGUCAGAUUCUCAGAAUGUAAAAAUAACAGGAAAGGCAAUUCUUCUUGAAAUCUUUUGGUCAGGGAAUGAAACCUCUGGGCUUUUGACCAAACCAGUAAAUAUGCUUUUGGAAUGGACUAUAUAUUCUCACAAAGAAAAAUGCAAGUCUAACGAUGUCUUCAAACACGAAUUGGCUUACUUACUGACUGGAAUUCUGGGAGUAGCAAUAGAUUAUUGGAUCUUCCUUGGACUUAAGAUGGGGAGAAAUGUGAUGCGACAUGUGUCUGAUGACCUGGGAAGUUAUAUUUUUCUUUCGUGUGAUGACUUUUCUUCACAGGAAUUAGAGAUUUUUAUUUGCUCCUUUUCCUCCUCCUGGCUUCAAAUGUUUGUUGCAGAGGCAGUCUUUAAAAAGUUGUGUCUACAGAGCUCCAGCAACGUUUCUUCUGAACCACUUUCUCUACAGAAGAUGGUAUAUUCCUAUUUGCCAGCUUUGGGGAAAACUGGUGUGCUUGGGGCUGGAAAGAUGCAGAUACCUAAGAAAAUAGGACAGCGGCCUUGUUUUGAAUCUCAGAGAGCCUUACUGAUGCUCAACGGUGCUAAACAGAAGCAAGUGGAAGGGCUGCCAGAGUUAACAGACCUAAACCUUACUAAAUGUUCCUCAUCAUUAAAAAAAAUGAAAAAGAAAUCAGAAGGAGAAUUAUCAUGUUCCAAGGAGAAUUGCCCCUCUUUAGUAACAAAGAUAAAUUUUCACAAGACUAAUCUAAAAGGAGAAACAGCCCUGCAUAGAGCUUGCAUAAAUAACCAAGUGGAGAAAUUGAUUCUUCUUCUGUCUUUGCCAGGAAUAGACAUCAAUGUUAAAGACAAUGCUGGCUGGACGCCUUUGCACGAAGCCUGUAACUAUGGCAACACAGUGUGUGUCCAGGAAAUUUUGCAGCGUUGUCCAGAGGUGGAUCUGCUCACUCAAGUGGACGGGGUGACUCCUUUGCAUGAUGCACUGUCAAACGGACACGUAGAAAUUGGCAAGCUGCUGCUCCAGCAUGGGGGCCCAGUGCUUUUACAACAAAGGGACUGUAACGGAGAAUUACCCUUGGAUUAUGUUCUAUCACCCCAAAUCAAGGAAGAACUCUUUGCUAUUACAAAAAUAGAAGAUACAGUGGAAAACUUUCAUACACAAACAGAGAAACAUUUUCAUCACCAGCAACUUGAAUUUGGUUCAUUUUUACUUAGUAGGAUGUUGCUAAAUUUUUGUUCAAUUUUCGAUUUAUCUUCAGAGUUCAUCUUAGCUUUCAAAGGCUUAACUCAUCUAAAUGGGCUGCUUAAGGCUUGUAAAAGUUACAAAGAAACCACCAGUGCUCACACUGACUGGUUAUUGGAUCUUUAUGCUAGAAAUAUAAAGACAUUGCAGAAGCUCCCAAAUAUUCUUAAAGAACUGCCUGAGAAUUUGAAAGUAUGUCCUGGAGUACACACUGAGGCCUUAUUGGUGACAUUGGAAAUGAUGUGUCGGUCAGUCACAGAGUUUUCAUGAUGAUGCUAAAAAGUACGGGUUGACUCCCUAAACUUGUUCAACUAACAUUGUCAUUUAUUAUGGACUUCGUAGCUUACUGACAAAUAUUUAUUUAUUGGCAGACCUGGCAGCCUUGCUAAAUUUUAAAAGCACUUUUUAAAGAACUUCUGCAAAAUAAUAGUAUCAGCUUCUGACUUUUUCCAGUAUGUAGAAUUUGGCUCAGAAGUAAAAAUAGUAUUGUUUAGUGUGUAUUAGUUUUAUUAAUCUUUAAUUUUUUUGUUCUGAAAGUGAUAUUUAUCUAUUGUAUGUAUAAAAAUUAAUUUAAAUAUUUUUUCAAAUCAAAAUGUAAUGUCCU